CGGAGCGCGCGCGGUGAUGGCGGGCCGGCGCGGCGCCCUGAUCGUGCUGGAGGGGGUGGACCGGGCCGGGAAGAGCACACAGGGCGGGCGGCUGGUGGAGGCGCUGCGGGCCGACGGCCACCGCGCAGACCUCCUGCGCUUCCCGGAGAGAACAACUGAGAUCGGGCGGCUGAUCAGCUCCUACCUGCUGAAGGAGAAGAACCUGGAGGACCACACCAUUCACCUGCUCUUCUCUGCUAAUCGCUGGGAACAUGUACCGUUGAUGAAAGAGAAACUACAUCAAGGGAUCACGCUGGUGGUUGACAGAUACGCCUUUUCUGGAGCGGCCUUCACAAGUGCCAAAGAGAACUUCUGCCUGGACUGGUGCAAACAGCCUGACGUUGGACUCCCAAAGCCGGAUCUGAUUCUGUUUCUUCAGUUAAGUCCGGAAGCAGCAGCGGAACGAGGGAACUUUGGAAAUGAACGUUAUGAGAACAGCUCCUUCCAAGAGAAAGUUCUACAGUCCUUCUAUCAUCUGAUGAAGGACAAGACAUUAAACUGGAAGACAAUGGAUGCUUCGAAGAGUGUAGAAGACUUACACAGAGAAAUCAAGUCCGUCGCAGAGGAAACCAUGCAGGAGGUUCAGAAUAAACCUUUGGGAGAACUCUGGAAAUAAAACUUCAUGCAGGUUAUUCUUUUAUACCCAAGGGAAAACUCACCUUUUGGACCUUCCUCGCUUGGGCAACUCCCCUACAUCACCUUCCGCUACUACAGCUUAGAUCCCGUGUAUUGGGAUCCGUCAGCAUGGUGCUGAUGUCCUCAUCGUUUUACCUGCUUCUCCCCUGCGUAGCCCCUGCUGUAUUUUAUACAUGAACAUGCGAUGAGCGUGUAACAAGUUCCAUAUAAAAACCUCCCUAGCUCAAGUAGGAGCUCUAGCCGCAGCCCUGCAGUGCACGGCUCCCCCUGGACUGGGACAGCAGCAACAGGCAGGCAAAGGCAUUCCCAGUUUGGGGGAACUGCUGUGUUUCAGAUUCUGCUGUCUCUCUAGUGAAUGCAUCCCCUGUGCUGAAACCAGUUUGUAGAGGACUUGCUAAUAAAGUCUUUUAACCGUU